AUGGCAACGAUAGCAUUAAAUAUAACAUACCAAGGGCAGCCAAAGAAGUUUACUGUUAACAAGUCACAGACCAUAUCACAGUUUAUAUCCCAAUGUUUGACGAGCUAUAGCAUCGAUGCCAACACUUUCGGUGCCGAAUUGUAUCACAACAAUAAGGCAUUGGAUUCAGCAUCACCCAUCAGAUUAACCAACCUUUUGAACAACGCCAAACUUACACUUAAGGUGAAGAAACUAGAUCUGAACAAGGAAAUCAAUGUCAAGUUUAUCAGCGAGAAAGGGACUGUGGUAAAGAAAUUCACUGUAGCUACUACAUUGGAAGACAUUGUGGAACAAACAGUGGGACGUUUGCAAAAACCCACGCAAUUGCGAAUCUUGGAUUUAGUGAUUAGUUAUGAAAAAUACACCACAGCUACAUUGGGAUCAAUUGUGGGGAAUGCCAAUAGUGUUGUGAUUCGAUUGGAAAAUCAGAAACUGACAAACGAGAAGGAUGCCUUGUUUAGGAAACAACAAGAAGCCAACAGAUUACAGUUGGCAGAGGCUCAUAAACGCAAGGAAGUGGAAACACAAAAGAAGUUACAAGAAGAGCAAGAAAGGCAAAGGCUUGAGCACGAGAGAUCUAAACAGGUGAAACAAGAACCCACGGAGGAGCCGGAGGAGCCGGAAGAAGAUGUCGAGAUGAGGGAAGCUGCCGAGGAUACUCCUUCCACCGUUACAGAGUCUGAAUCAAGCCCAAGUACGGGUGAGGCACAAGCAGAUGGAACAGGUGCCAAUUUUGUUUACGAGGAGGAGAAGGCUGAUGAAACUCCUAAAUUGUACAUGCCAUCGAAUAAACCACUGCCGGCGUAUCAAAACCCAGAGGAGGAUUACAACAUGACUGUUGACCAAGCCAAAACUUACCAAAAUGUUAUACGCAAUUCCGCCAAGAGGGUGAAAAAGACUGAUGUCAAAAAGCCAGCCAAAUAUUUUAUACGUGUCAAGUUCCCCGAUGGUGCCAUGUUGCAAAUCAAUUUCCUUGAAAAUGCCCAUGAGGUCAAGUUUGGCUCGCUUGUGAAGAAACUUGACGAAUUGUUGAUUCCUGAGUUUAUCAAUAGUUAUAAUUUAAAGAUUGGAUAUCCUCCAUUUACCAAAUUAAAUCAAUCGUUUGCAUUGAAUAAUGAAAAGUUGCACAAUUUAGACGAAUUCAAGUCGGAACAAGUUGUUCUAAUUUGGGAAUUGAGUAAAGAGUCAAACAAAACUCAUAAAGGACCAUUUUUGAAUAAUGAAUCAAAAGACUUGGUUAUAAAGCCAAGUGAUGAGUUGCCUGCAGUAAAGUUGGAGAAACAUAGAAGUGAAUUACCGGCAGGUGAGAAGAAAACCGGGCUUUUCAAAUCAAAACCAAAGUCUAAAGAUGGUGAAGAUAAGGAUGACAAGAAGAAAUCUAAAUUACCAAGGUGGUUGAAAAUGAAAAAGUGA